AUGACUGAACCGACGCGUUUGGACCGCUUCGACGGCGACGGGGCCCCACCGCACGCCCCUUCGCCGCCCUUCCUCCGACAUCAGGCGGCGUGGCCUCCAACUCCGUCUCUCUUGUUCGUCUGCCGCCGGCCGCGGGAAACUACCUUUGUCAUUGCUCGAAUAUACGAGUGGUUAAUGUGCAAAUAUAGUGAAUCAAGUGGCUAAUGUGCAAAACACGGCUAAUGAGAAAAGUGUGCUCUCUUCUCUCAAAGUGUGGCCGCAAUUAAUGGCCGCUAUAUAUCCGUGCGAUGAUUCCCGUCGUGGUAGGAAGGUAGAAGGAAAGCAGACAGUUGUUAGCUGCGGAAAGUGAAAGCAACGCUUUCGAGAUCCGAAGGGCGAAAAUUUUUUCCAAUCCGUCGACCAGUUGCAGAUCUAGCCGGAGAUGGAUUCUGCCAGAAGCUGGUUCAAUAGAUUACAACCCAAGGAGAAAGUAAAGCCUGGACCGGCUAAGAAGGAAGCUGGAUGUGCAAAGGAUCUGCAGAAACCUCCAAUUGAGGAUGCGCCUUCAAAUGUCACUAAGCAGAAAGUUACCGCAGCAAAGCAGUACAUCGAGAACCAUUACAAGGAUCAGAUGAAGUCCUUGCAAGACCGCAAGGAGAGACGUUGGAUGCUGGAGAAGAAGCUUGCUGAUGCAAAAGUUUCUAAGGAAGAGCAGAAUAACAUAUUGAAGAGUUUAGAGAAAAAAGAAACAGAAUAUAUGCGACUUCAAAGACAUAAAAUGGGUGUGGAUGAUUUUGAACUUUUGACUAUUAUUGGGAGGGGGGCAUUUGGGGAAGUCAGAAUAUGUAAAGGAAAAAAAACUGGAAAUGUCUAUGCAAUGAAAAAACUUAAAAAAUCUGAAAUGCUUCGUAGGGGUCAGGUUGAGCAUGUCAAAGCUGAAAGAAAUUUACUUGCGGAGGUGGACAGUCCCUACAUUGUUAAACUCUACUUCUCUUUUCAAGAUGAUGAAUAUUUAUAUCUCAUCAUGGAGUAUCUUCCUGGGGGUGACAUGAUGACUCUACUUAUGCGCAAGGAUACUUUGACAGACAACGAGGCCAGGUUUUAUAUUGCAGAAACAGUUUUAGCUAUUGAAUCUAUUCACAAGCAUAACUACAUUCACAGGGACAUCAAACCUGAUAACCUGUUGUUGGAUCGACAUGGGCAUAUGAAACUUUCUGAUUUUGGGUUAUGCAAACCUCUGGAUAGUAGUUGUUUUCCAAAUCUUAGUGAACCUGAAUAUGCACCAGGAAGAAAUAGCAAGUCUACUUUGGAUGAUGAACGGCCUAGUGUCUCUCCCACUCCAAGACGUAGUCAACAGGAACAACUGCAACAUUGGCAAAAGAAUAGACGAAUGCUGGCUUACUCAACUGUUGGAACACCAGACUAUAUUGCUCCUGAAGUACUUCUCAAGAAAGGAUAUGGAAUGGAGUGUGACUGGUGGUCACUUGGAGCAAUUAUGUAUGAGAUGCUUGUGGGUUAUCCCCCAUUUUAUUCAGAAGAUCCAAUGUCCACAUGUAGGAAGAUUGUAAAUUGGAGAAACCACUUAAAGUUCCCUGAAGAGGCAAAACUUUCGCCUGAAGCUAAAGAUCUUAUCGGCAGACUCCUGUGUAAUGUGGAACAUAGACUUGGUACCAAAGGCGCCCAGCAAAUAAAGGCACACCCAUGGUUCAGAGGCAUGCAAUGGGAGAGACUGUACCACACAGAAGCUGCUUUUAAACCAGAAGUCAAUGAUGAACUGGAUACUCAAAACUUUGAGAAGUUUGAAGAGACGUCAACACCCAUUCAGACUUCUUCAAAGUCUGGCCCAUGGAGAAAGAUGCUUCCAUCCAAGGAUGUCAACUUUGUCGGUUACACAUACAAAAAUUUUGAAAUCGUAAAUGACCACGAAGUUUCAGGAAUUGCUGAAUUAAAGAAGAAAAGUAAUAAGCCAAAGAGGCCAACAAUCAAAUCCUUAUUUGACACAGACCCGUCCUCAAAUCAAAAUCUGCCUGCCCAAGGAAGUUUUCUCAAAUUACUGCCGACUCAAAUGGAGGUCCCUGAGAACAUUGAGUCAUCUUCUCAUUCCAGCAGUUCUUCUCUCGAUCAACCCCAUUCUCGAUACAGAUAGCUUUAAGGGCUGAGCGAGCUACUGGUUAAUAUCCAAGCAACAAAGAAGCUUUUGGUGCGGCGGCGCGUGAAGGGGUUUAUUUCAUUCCUCAUUUUGUACAUAAAAGGAGCAAGUUACCUGUAAAUUUAUGGAUCUAGUUGUGCGAAGUUAGUCUCGGAUUCUUUUAUUUUGUAACAAUGUAUCGAAGCUGACGCGAGUAAUUUCUGUUCGGGUGUGGAUUAACCACCGAACAGAUGUUAACUACUUAAAUUUUGAUUUGUGCCAUAUCUGUGUAAAACUUAAAUUGUGCAUAGAUAAUUUUUCUUCAUUUUUUCCCUCUCUAGUAAUACAGAUUCAUUGUGUCUAUAGUUUGUCAUCA